GUAGUUGCAAGUGCACAAAAUUUUAGUAGUGGAGAGUUGCUAACCUUGCAUAAGAAAGGGCUUCUCAGCAACCUGAAAUCAAGAUCACUAUGGGGCAUUCUCCAACUUCUUGGAGGAUCAUCCAUCUGUUAGUCUUCCUGAUCAUUGUUCUUGACCACGCUCUCAUAAUCUCAGCAGAUACAGAUCCACAAGAUACCUCUGCCCUAAAUGGCAUAGCAGCUUCCUGGGAUAACGCCAAGUCCAAGCUAUCAGAAUGGGUUGGUAAUGAUCCAUGCGGCGAAAAAUGGCCAGGAGUGUACUGCACCCAGAAUCGUGUCACCUCAAUAAGGCUGUCAAGUUUUGGAUUGUCCGGAUCACUUUCAGGUGACAUACAGUCAUUGUCAGAAUUACAGUACCUGGACUUGUCUUACAACAACUUGAGCGGUCCACUUCCACCGAACAUUGGAUCCUUGAGUAACCUUGAAAGCCUGAGCGUUGUUGGCUGCCAAUUUUCUGGUGACAUACCAAAAGAACUCAGCCAACUCCCAAAGCUGCGGUUCCUGUCCUUGAACAACAACAGGUUUACUGGAAGUAUACCUCCAUCAAUUGGCAACCUUUCAAAUAUGUACUGGCUUGACUUGGGUGAAAAUCGUCUGACUGGAUCACUUCCAGUAUCUGAUGGAACCAAUACUGGAUUGGACAAUUUGACAAACGCUCUGCAUUUUCAUUUUGGGGUCAACCAGCUAUCAGGCACCAUACCAAGCCAGCUAUUCAAAUCAAAUAUGAAGCUCAUACAUCUGUUGCUUGAUAACAACAAUUUCACUGGCGGCAUUCCUCCCACAUUGACCCUUUUAACUAAACUUGAAGUCCUGCGUCUCGACAGAAAUUACCAACUGACUGGACCUGUUCCUGCCAGCAUCAAUAGCCUCACAAAACUACAAGAAUUGCAUCUAGAAAACAAUAAAUUGACAGGCCCUCUGCCAGACUUGACAGGAAUGGAUUCACUAUAUGUUGUCUCCAUGGGCAACAACAACUUCAGUUCAUCCAAUGUUCCAACCUGGUUCACAGCUUUGUCAGCCUUGACUUCACUGAACCUUGAGAACCUACACAUCACUGGGGAGCUUCCGCAGCCUCUUUUCAAACUCCCGGCUAUCCAGACACUGGGUCUUAAGGGCAAUAAUUUCAACGGCACACUAACCAUCGGAUCAGACUACAGCAGCACGCUCUCACUGAUUGAUUUGCAGGACAACCAGAUCACCACUCUCGCCGUGAGCGGGGCUCAGUACAACAAGAAACUCAUACUUGUUGGGAACCCAAUCUGUGUUCAGGGGAACAAUGAGGCACUGUACUGCAAAAGCUCACAGCAAGCGAACCCUGCAGCAAAGCCUUACUCUACUCAAUCCAUUUGUCCUGGAUUACCACCCACAUGCCUGUCGGACCAGUAUCUCAGCCCCAACUGCACCUGCGCGGUGCCAUACAUGGGUACUCUGCACUUCCGGUCACCACCGUUCUUCGACCUAAGCAACGAUACAUUCUUUGUACUCCUCGAGGAAAACAUGAAAGAAGCGUUCCUGGGCAAGCAGCUUCCUGUUGAGUCCAUUGCUCUGGAUAACCCGGCAUUCGGUCCUAGCAACAACUUGGAUAUAAACUUGAGAGUGUUCCCAAGCGGAAAGAUUCGGUUCGGCAAAGAAGAUAUCUCCUACAUUGGGUUCAUGCUCAACAACCAGACCUACAAGCCUCAUGCUCCUGGUAUAAAUUAUGGGCCAUACUAUUUCAUUGGGCAAUCCUACCCAUUCGCUGAGACACUAUCAGCACCCAGACAGACGAAAAAGAACCAGUCCCUCAUCAUUGGUGUGUCAGCUGGUGGAGCUUUUGUUGUUGUGUCACUGCUUGUUCUUUUUACAGUUCUGUUUUUCAGGAGGAACAAAAGGCCAAAGCUGCAGCCACAACCCAGGAGCCCAUCUUACGCUUCAUGGGACAUCAAGAGCACCAGCAUCAGCACCCCGCAUCUCCAAGGCGCGCGGGUGUUCACAUUCGAUGAGCUGAAGAAAAUCACAAACAGCUUCUCCGAUGCUAAUGACAUUGGAACUGGUGGCUAUGGGAAGGUCUACAGAGGAGUACUCCCAAAUGGGCAUCUAAUUGCAGUCAAAAGAUCCGAGCAAGGGUCCUUGCAAGGCAACCUAGAAUUCCGGACUGAGAUAGAGCUCCUAUCCAGGGUUCAUCACAAGAACCUUGUCAGCCUUGUGGGAUUUUGCUUUGACCAGGGUGAGCAAAUGCUGGUCUAUGAGUAUGUGCCCAAUGGCACACUCAAGGACAGCCUCACAGGGAAGUCUGGGGUGCGCCUAGAUUGGAAGAGACGGCUGCGAGUAGUACUUGGUGCAGCGAAAGGCAUCGCGUACCUGCAUGAGCUUGCAGACCCUCCGAUAGUACACAGGGAUAUAAAGUCAAGUAACAUUCUUCUUGAUGGAAACCUCCACACAAAGGUUUCCGACUUUGGUCUCUCCAAGCCUCUGAACCAGGAUGGAAGGGGUCAGGUCACAACUCAAGUGAAAGGAACCAUGGGAUAUUUGGACCCUGAAUACUACAUGACCCAGCAGUUGACCGAGAAGAGCGAUGUCUACAGCUUCGGUGUGCUACUACUUGAAGUGAUAACGGCGAGAAAGCCAUUAGAGAGGGGAAGGUACAUCGUGCGUGAGGUGAAAGGUGCAAUGGAUAGGACCAAGGACCUAUACGGCCUCCAUGAGCUCCUAGACCCAAUGCUAGCACCCACGUCGCUGGCCGGCUUCGAACUGUAUGUCGACUUGGCUUUGAAGUGCGUGGAGGAGGCAGGAAUGGACCGCCCAUCAAUGAGUGAGGUGGUGGCGGAGAUUGAGAAGAUCAUGAAGAUGGCAGGCGUAAACCCAAAGGUCGACUCGGCAUCAAACUCGAUGAGCUACAACAGCAGGACACCGCGUCAUCCAUACAGUGGAGAGUCUCAAUUUGAUUACAGUGGUGGCAUCCCAUCUUCGUCCAGGGUUGAACCAAAAUGAUCAGUUCGGUCGGCCCACAAUGAUCUCCAUGUAAAUAACUUGGCGCUUGUUUGUUUGUGUACAGUUCAUCAAGGUUCUGAACUGCUUCGUACAGUGACUUUCUUCUGGAAUUUCUGUAUGAUUAAUUAGCUAACAAUCUGGGUGUGUAAGUUGUUGUGCUAGAAAUCUCCUGUUGGUAAUGCCUUUUAUAUACGACACUUUUUUAGUGUUAUCUGUCA